AUGUUUCUAAAAUCUGUCCGCAGGUUCGCGCUGCUCACCGUUUUGGCAAUUGCAGUGCGUGCGGCUGAUUUCAAGGAGGAAGAUGAUGUGCUAGUGCUAACGGAAAGUGACUUUGCAGAGGCUGUGGCAACUCACAAUCCAAUGCUGGUCGAGUUCUACGCACCCUGGUGCGGUCACUGUAAGAACCUCGCACCUGAGUAUGCGGCGGCGGCAAAGAAUCUUAAGGAUUUGGAUCCUCCCAUUCGCCUCGCCAAGGUUGACGCCACGGCCGAGGCCAAACUGGCUGAGCAGUUUGCUGUCCGCGGUUUUCCCACCCUUAAGUUCUUUAAGGGUGACGUGGAAGCUGUCAAGGAAUAUGACGGCGGUCGCACAUCAGCGGAAAUCGAGAAGUGGGUGAUUAAAAAGUCUGGUCCAGCUGUUGUCAUGAUCAAUUCUGCUGAGGAGCUUGAAAAUCUAAAGAAAGAUAACGACGUUGUGGUGUUCACGGUGGUGGAUGCUAAGGAUGGCGAAUCUCGCUCCAUGCUCGAGACGCUGGCGGAUAAUGACGUUUUGGCUGUGUAUGCUGCCUCGACUAAUGUCGACUUGAUGGUUGAAACUUCUGCUGUGAACGAGGUGGUAUUGUAUAAAAAAUUUGACGAGGGAGUAGUCGUGUACAACGGUGAUUUCGAGAAAAAGGCACUGAGUGAGUUUGUGAAGGCCAACAGCUUGCCACUUGUCAUCACAUUCUCCCAGGACUUGGCUCCCACGAUUUUUGGCGGCGACAUGACCGAGCACGUACUGGCUUUCGUCGACAUGGACGAAGAUUAUGUUUCUGGCAUCGAAACUGCUCUCAGAACGCCUGCUGAAGCGAAUAAAGGCAAGCUCUUGCACGUCGUUAUGCCUAGCACUGAGAAGCGCAUCGUGGAUUACUUUGGGCUGACAGAAGAAGAGAUGCCUGUUGUUAUGCUCGUGAAUAUGGCUGGCUCUAUGAAAAAGUACGGAUUUAACUACAAAGCUGAUAGUCUCGUCGCCAAGAUUGACGAUGGUCUUGCUGACGACCUUGUCGCCUUCGAGAAGAGCUACUUCGAAGGUAAGCUGACUCCUUUGCUCAAAUCGGCCGAGCCCGAGGACGACAGCGACGAGGCUGUCAAGGUAAUUGUCGGCAAAGACUUUCAGGAACGUGUGAUCAACAAUGACAAAGACGUGCUGCUCAAGUUCUAUGCUCCAUGGUGCGGCCACUGCAAGUCUUUGGCCCCCAAAUUCGAGGAACUGGCCGAAAAGUUUGCUGAUGUUGAAAGUAUUAUAAUUGCCAAAAUGGAUGCAACGGCUAAUGAGGUUGACCACUCUGGUGUGGAUGUGCGCGGUUUUCCAACAAUCAUCUUUUUUCCAGGUAAAGACAAGCAAAAUCCAGUCGUGUACGAUGGAUCGCGCGAUGUUGAAGGUUUCACCGAGUUUUUGAAGACCAAUGCGCAGAAGUUCAAGCUAGACGGCUCGAAUUACGGAGCAGAGGAUGGCGAAGACAUUGUAGAAGACGAAAAUGAGAAAGAGGUGGCACAGGAGGAUAAAAAGGAAGUUGAGCACGAAGAGCUUUAA